CAGGAAGGGGAAGUCACAGUUUAACAGGCAAGUCAUGUAAAAAUAGCUCACUCAUUUGUCCUUUUCUUUUAUUUUACAACAAAAGUUUUCAGACUCUGAGGAUGUUCGGCGGAGACGAUGAAGACGGAGACUUCCUGUUUCCCUCCGGAGGGGCUAAGCUGGCCUCCCUGUUUGGACUCGACCAGGAAGCCAGUCAGGGGAACGAUUCGUUCCAAUACACCGCUCCCAAACAGCCUAGAAAGAGCUCCAACGCAGCGCCACCUGCACAGAAACCAGCUCCUCCACCCGGCGCUCCUGCAGUGUUAUUCGCUACAGCAGUCCAAGCUUUCAGAUAUAUUAACGGACAGUAUGUGAAGCAGGGCAAGCUGGGAGCAGCCGUGCUGGGCAGCCACACAACAAAAGAGUACAAGCUUCUACUGUACUUGAGCCAACAGAAGCAAGUGACCGCUGCCAAGAUUCACGUGGGCUUUGUUUUCACGGUACAACCAAACAAUUACUGCACUUUUUACGAUGACCAGAGGCAGAACUGGUCCUUGAUGUUUGAGUCGGACAAAGCUGCAUCAGACUUCUGCAAAGAGGUUUGUUUGGCUAAAGCGAACAGUGUGGCAUCUUUAGAUAUUGUGGUGGUUCAGGAUCUGAGUCUGGGUGAGGGUCAGGCAGUGGAGAACGGAGACUCUUUGGAGGUGGUGUACACAGGCUGGCUCCUGCAGAACCACACCAUUGGACAGAUGUUUGACUCCAACCAGAACAAGGACAAGCUGCUACGACUAAAGGUUGGAGCUGGAAAAGUGAUAAAAGGCUGGGAGGAGGGGAUGCUGGGAAUGAAAAAAGCUGGCCGUCGUCUCAUAAUCAUCCCACCCAACCUCGCUUACGGAUCCAAAGGAGUCCCAAACCGCGUCCCGCCUAACAGCACACUAAUUUUUGAAGCAGAGCCUCGGCGGGUGAAGUUCGCCAGGGACAGCGGCUCUGACCGAUCCAGCGCCUGCUCCAGAGACUCUGCUGCUCCCUCUCUUGCACCCUCCCUAGCGCCUUCACCUGCCCCCAGUGUGGAGAACCUUGCCCCAGAGCCCUCAGCACAGACGCCAGCCUCAGGUCCAGGGAGACCAGGGGAGCAGCCAGUUCGUGUGAAGUCAAACUCACUCAGUGAGCAGCUGGCAAAUCCAGAUGCAACAAAAGCCAAGCUGAUCUCCCGGAUGGCCAAGAUGGGACAGCCCAUGUUGCCUUUUCUGACUGGAGCAGCCGGUCAGCCUGAAUCCAGCGACUCUGAGCUUGAGCAGGACACCAGUGGCAGCAGAGCGAAGGAUCAGCCUGCAGCUCCCUCUCCAGUCCCAAUCUCCACCGCUGCUCCAACAACUACCACUACUACUUCAGCUCCAGCAAAUGCACAUCCUCAUCCUCUCACUGCUCAACCUUCUGCCUUACUUCCUGUUUUGAGCACUUCUUCUCCAGCUCAGCCUGGGCUGCAGGGCAGUACCCACGCCUUUCAGCCUUACCUGUACACACAGAGCUCCGUGGCUCCAUCUCAGCUGCAGCCUGUCAGCCAGGUCUACCCUGCACCAGCCGUCUCAUACAUGGGCCCCAGUGAUGUAACUUCAUUCCUGAUGACUGAGGCACGACAACACAACACAGAGAUCAGGUUAUCUGUUGGAAAAGUUGCAGAUAAAGUCGAUCAACUAGCCUCAAAGAUAGAUGAGCUACAGAAACAGGGAAGCCUCUCCAUGGCUGUGCCCAGUAUGUCGAUGGAAACCUCCAUGAUCAUGCACAACAUCCAAAGAAUAGUCCAGGAAAAUGAAUGUCUAAAAAAGGAGGUGUUUGAGAAGAGCUCUCGUGUUGAGGAGCAGAACCGCAAAAUCGGGGAGCUCAUCAAUGAGAACCAGAGAUGCAUGGAGCAGAGUAACCUGCUGCUGGAGCAGAGAAACGACACCUUAAAAUCAUCCAGUGAACAGAGCCAUGCCAGACUUCUGCAGGCUGAGCAGGACAAGGUGCGUCUGACGGAGGAUCUGGCUUCGUCCACAGCCCGGCUGUCUCAGCUGCAGCUGGAGGCUUCAGCUCACCAGCAGAAGGUUCUGGAGCUACAGGGAAAACUGAGCAUGGCACUGCAGGACAGUGAGAGUCAGAACCAACGCAGUGCUGCCCUGGAGGCACAACUGGAAGAGCUGAAGGAGGCAGUGGAAAGGGCUCAGACUCAGUACCGCUCAGAGAAGCAGAGACGCAAAGAGAUGGAGCUCAGACUCAGCAACAUGGAGGAAGAAAUUCAGGACCUGAAGUCCGACAAAGAAAGCCUGGAACGAAAUCUGUUGGAAAGGAAGAAGAAGUGGCAGGAUGAGCGUCAGCGCCGGGAUGAGGAGGUGGAGGAGCUCCGCAGGAGCAGCCAGCAGGAGGUGGACAAUCUCCGAGCUCAGCUCCGCAAGGCCAGGACCAACACUGACAGCGCUGCUUCUGAACAGUUGUCUCAGCUGCAGGCCGAGCUGGAUGACGAGUGGAAGAAGAAAUGUGAGCAGAUGUUGGCCUCUGCUAAAGAGCAGCACAGCAGAGAGUCAGCUGACCUGACGGAGCAGAGAGAUGCUCUACAGGACAAGCUGACACAGCUGCAGGAGAAGUUUACAGUUUUGAAGCAGACGAGAGAAUCUGAAGAACAGAAUCCGCCCCCACAGUCUGAGCAGUCUGCGGAGCUGCUGGCCCUGCAGGGAAAAUACUCGGCUCUGGAGCAGCAGGGAGUUGCUGUGAGGGAGGAACUGGAGAAGAGAGUGGCUGAACUGGAGAAGAAACUUGAAGAGCAGGAAGGAUCAGGAGACACUGCUGCAGAGGUGAAGCGUGUGAUGAACGGGGUGUUUCACUCUCUGAGAGGAGAGUUUGACGUCAGCGAGUCUUACAGCGGUCAGGCCGUGCUCGGAGUGAUUGUCACGACCAUCAAGAAUGUAACUCUGCAGCUUCUCAGUGGGUCAGAGAGAGUGUCACAGAAACCAAAGAAGAAUGAAGAGGAUGCAAAGAAAGAAAGAGAAAGUGAAGAAGUGAGACCGAGAGAGGAGACGUCUCAGCAGAAGGUACAUGUGAAUGGAGAGAGACAAGAGAAGAAGGAGGAAGACGAACAUGAGAGCAAACCUAUCAAAGUCAAUGAGAGCGUGAAGGAUCAGGAAGUAUCAAAAGAGAAGCAGGAGGAGACAGAUAAGGAGACACAGGCAGAGAUUUUAGAGAAAACUGACCCUAAAGGAAGUCCAACCUCUGAACCCAAGCGAACAGAGACACCAGCAGUAGCAGAGUCUGAAGUACAAGAGAAGCAGAAGGAGCUGUGUGUUCCUGAAAACUCCACAGAGGAGAAAGACAAAAACACAUCUGCACACCUAGACGAUGAACCCGAUGAGAGAUCGCCACCUGCAGACAGAGAGGAAUCAGUGUCCGAAGUAGAAGCUGAAGUCAGCAGUGACAUGAAGGAGAGUUUGGAGGAGGGGGAAAGAGAAGAAGAAAUCAAAGCUGCCUCUCAGAAUGCCCUUUCACCCCCAGUUAACCCUCCUCCACCCCCCAACGCACCUCAGAAGAGCUCAGGAGAAGACACCAGUCUGACUGGGGGAAUGGGUGUGGAAAAUGGAGAGGAGCCAUUUUUCCAGAUCACAACUCCUGCCAAACCCCCUGCAGCUCCAAGCGAGGAGGAAGAGGAGGAUGAGAUGAGCCUGAAGGGUCGUCCUCCCCCCACCCCUCUGUUUGGUGACGACGAGGAUGAUGACGAUGAUCUGGACUGGCUGAACUGAGCUGGAACCAAGAUUAAGAAAAAAAAAGCAGUCUCGAUAUCCAGCACUAAAAAAGGGCGCAUGGCGCUUCAGCGGCUGUGCCUGCUUGUUGGAGCUAUGAAGAUGAUGGAGAGGCCUCUGCAGCCGGACCUGAUUGGUCAUAGCGGUCAGAGCGCCUUCCUCUUCAUCUCCGAAAGGUCCUGCUGACUGACAGCUGAGAACGAAGCUGCAGCUCCAGACUCUGAUUGUGGUUCAAAUCCCAAGUCUGUAAUUGACAGAAGAAUCAAGAUCCCAUUCAUUUCAUUUGUCCAGUGUUGAUGAUGCAGUUAAAUUCAUGUUUUUUCAUGUCACUGUCGCAGAGUAGUUUAAUGAAUCAGCAGUAAUCCUGUCAUCAGUUUUUUUUAGAACGUAAACCAUUAAAUGGUUUUGAUUUUUAGCUCGAUGCUUUAGAAAUAGAACUUUUACUAAAAUUUUUGCUAACCUGAAAUUCAUUCCAGACAAUAAAUUACACAAAAAUGUGGCCUUCAUCUCUGAGUCUUUGAAUUUGUUUUUCAGGUAUUGAUCAUUAAAGUCUGACAUUUUUCCAAAGAUCCCUAAAAUCUGAACCAAUCUUUAAAAUGUGAGAGAGAAGAGACAACGGCUUGUUGUCAGCUACCUGCUACAUCAUUAGAAGAGUAAACGAGCUAAAGCUGACUAGCUGUUAGCUACCUGCUCCAUCUGCUGUGGUAGCACUUCCUCCCAUUAUAGAAUAUUUCAUCUCACUUCCAUAGCAGAAAAUAAUGCAUUUUGGAAUGUCAAUGACUGGAUUUACAUGGACUUACAGAUGAGGAUGAAAUUAUUAGCCCCCCAAAGCACUGGCAAACAGAGCAAGGAUUUUUAGCACAGCUUUUCCAAACAUCCUAGUUAGUUAAGACCUGUGUUGACCAAUUCAGCAAACAAUUUUUAACUUGUUUUUCUUGACAUGAGAUUAUUGAAGUUUGAGGAUAGUAAUAAAGUUGUUUCAAUAAAAUUUUAGGCAAUAAAUCGCAGAACACACACAUUUUCAAGAUUUAUUGAAAUCCCAAUCAAAACAAUAAAUAAAUAUUACGUUGACGUUCUCCAUGUUUGAUGUAUUUCACAUGAUUAAAAAUAUGACAAUGCAUUUAAAAAUGUUUUGAUUGUGAUAAAUAAUGUCAACAAGAACAAGAAGGAUAAAAAUGGCGUGAUUCAGCAUUAUUAUAUCUCUAUUAAAACAGAAGAAAUGUACAGAACAAACACAUUCAGCACAAUAUACAAAAAAGACAAGAUGACUUUAUCAAACAUUUCUCAAAGUAAGUCUAUGGUGAGCCUUUUUAACAUUUCAAUAGAGAUUAUUUUAAUUUUCAAUGUUUGCAAAAACAGAUUUAGACAAGAAUGACCAUUCUUAAGAUUGUCUUAAGAGUAUCAGGGAAGCAAAAUGGACCAUUAAAAGUACAUUUAUUUAUUUGUCCAAACUGUUUGCUCGUACAUUUUCAGAGUUAACGAUACUAGUGAUUCAUAUCUUUGGAUUAUAGAUUUAAGUUUGUAUUUUCGCAGGUUGAAAAAAGUAUUAUGGCAAGGUUAAAUCUUGUUUUAUAGUUCAGAUAUUAAUAAUGGACCAGUUUGGGAUUUGAUUAUGUCAGAGCAGUUCUAUGUGCAUUGCAGUGGCAGAAAAACACCGGAGGCAAGAGGAGAGAAACACAGAGAAGUGUAAUGUCUUAUUGAAUGUCAUCAAAACGCAAUAAAUAUUGCUAUAAAAAUGUCAAGUUUGUUCUUUGAAACAAAGGGCAAACAUUUAUGUUUGUAUAAACAGCAGUAGCAGUUCUGUGAGUGACUGACAUCCCUCUAAAAUAAAUAAAUAAUAAAGGAAGUGCCACCAAACUAUGGAUUUUCCUGCAUCAGUCCUGAAGAUGCUCUACUGCCGUUUUUUUUCAAACUGGUCGAAAGAAAGAAGCGGUAAAAUCUGCAUGAGAGGACAAUACCCAGUCUUUUCUUUCCAUGGUGCAACAUCCAUUAUCAAACGCACAGAAGCAUCAAAAAUUGCAGACUCAUUGCUCCUAGCAAAUGAGAGGUGGACAAAAUAUUGUAUAUAUAAAUGAACAAAGUGUGUAAAUGAAGCCUGGAUGGCUCUCACACAAUCAUCAUUUAUUCAAAUAAUCAGUCAUAGUUUGCUAGGAUUUUUAAAAAGUAAAUGAUAAAAGCCCUUGUACAUGGUUCAAACUUUUAUAGAUUAAUUGCCUGGAAUGAUCCAUCAAAGUUAUAUUAAAUAAUAUCCUACAGUGUAAGACAGAUCAGACAUCAUGAGAAGAAAUCAGCGUGGACUCCAUAAAAAAACGCAGUGAAACUCGUUUAGAGUGGUGAAAGGUGGAUGUUUUUGCACUGCAAGAGGAGCAUGUGAAUACUGCUUUAAUGUGGUAACAGUCUAUUUUUUGAUUCAGUUUGUGACAUUUCACGCUUCAGUUACAAGCACCUCGGUUUUACUGUCAGAAAAGCAUUUUUAUAUAAUAAGGAGUUUUGCAUUGAUCUUUAAAGGUUGAAUGUAGGCAUGUAAAGGGCGGAAGAGGAGGCGGAUCUACAUGCACAUAUUUCCAGGUAGACAGGGAUUUAAAAAGAGAACGUGUGAAAAUGUGCGUGGGCAACGUUUCAUUAAUCUGAAUUAUUUUAGGCGCAUGCCAACUUUGGAUUUUAAGCCCAUGUGCCAUUUAAUUUUUGAUUCUAUGCACUGUUUUAUAAAUGACACCCUUAGACAUGGGUGCAAAGUACAAAACUGUGCAUGUGCAGAGAUUUGUGUAUCUUGAGUAUUUUCUUUAGCAUGGAUCCUGGGUUUUACCCACUAAAGAUGUCUGUCCACUGUCACUGUGUCUGUUUAGAAGGAUGGCUGACCAACUGAGCAGACAGUGUACGAGACAGGAAACCUAAACGAAAUGCUAACCAUGAGCUUGAUGCUGUAACCCAACUUGUCUUCUGCUGAAAAACUACCCUUAAAAAAAAAGAGACAAGAACCAGGAC